CCAUUACUUUAGGGUUCAUUCCAAAUUAAGCCUUGUCCUCAAGCCCUUUAUGCGUAUCCCCUUCUCUCCUUUAAAUAAUAAUAUAAACCAUUUUUUUUCCUUGACGAUACCUGCACUGUUAUUAUUCAUAUCCUCUCGUUAUAGGAUUAUUUUACAUUUGGGUACGGUUGAGUUUAAGAGAAAGGUUGGUUGAGGAUUUUUUUAUUCUGGAUGUUUUGAAGAAAGAAAGAGAGAGGUUCAUUGAAGUGUGGAUGAGCCAUUUCUGUUUUGAAGAAAGAAAAAGAGAGGUUCAUUGAAGUGUGGAUGAGCCAUUCCGGCUAUUUGUUAUGAAAAAAGAGGAUUGUGUUGAGGAAGAGAACCAGUUAGCUUUAGUGGCUUUUUCUUCUGGAAGUGAUGUUGCCAGUGUUGCCCAAGAACCAUUGGGAGCCCAAGAACCAUUGGGAGCCCAAGAACCAUUGGAAGCCAAAGAACGAUUGGAAGCCCAAGAAGCACCGGAAUCACAAGAAGCUAUUGAUGGAAAGAGCCAGCCCUAUCCUAAUCCGCUUGCCGAGUACGAAGAAGUUAAAGUAGAUUCGAACCUUUUUAUGGAUACACUUCAGACGCUUCACUCUACAUUGGGUACCAAAUUCCUGAUACCAACUAUAGGGGGCAAGGAACUGGAUCUGCAUCAACUUUUUGUUGAGGUUACUUUCCGAGGGGGUCUUGAAAAGGUUAUCAAAGAUCGAAGAUGGAAAGAAAUAACUGCCUUGUUCAACUACCCUUCUACCGCUACUAAUGCAUCAUUUGUCUUGCGCAAAUACUACGUCUCUUUGCUUUACCAUUAUGAGCAGAUUUAUUUCUUCCGAAGUCGUGGGUGCGAUUCACCUUUCGGUGCCCAAGGGCUCUCUCAAACCAUGGUUCCAUCUCCAGAUGUUCAGGCACAUCUAGGGAAACAAAAGAUGAACACCUUUGAAACACAAUUAGAAGCACACCAGGCACCACCACAGAGACGGAAAGCCCCAUCUGAGAUACAUUUAGCUGCUUUUCCUCAGGAUCAUCCAGUUAAUGGAGUAAUCGAUGGAAAAUUUGAGCAUGGCUACUUGGUCACUGUGACAAUUGGAUCUGAGAAGUUGAAAGGUGUCCUCUAUCACACGCCUGCUGAAGUGAAGCAAGCCGGUGGCAAUGGCAAUGUGGGCACGGUAUCAGGAAUCGGGAGGAGGAGAAGGAGGAAGAAAAGUGAGAUGAGAAAGAGGGACCCUCUGCAUCCGAAACCCAAUAGGAGUGGGUACAACUUCUUCUUUGCAGAGCAGCAUGCAAGGCUCAAGCCCCUAAAUCCAGGCAAGGAUAGAGAGAUCAGUAAGAAGAUUGGGGAGCUAUGGAACAAUUUAACGGAGGAAGAGAAAGCGGUGUAUCAGGAGAGAGGGGUGAAGGAUAAAGAAAGGUACAGGAGUGAGAUGGUGGAGUACAGGGAGAGACUCAAAUCUGGAAAUUCAGUAAUUGGUAGCAGUUCUAUUGCUGCUUAUCAAACAUUCUUGGCACCAGUUAUUGAGCUGGGAGCAUCGCAAACAACAAUGGGCAUUGAUUACCCUCCCACUCUGAGGAAUUUCUUAGGCCCCGAAAAAAAUGGUGAGAAUUCAAAGCCCAAGCCUGCAGAUGAGAGUAUUGAACAUGACCAAAUUCAAGAAGAGGCAAGUGCGAUAUCAGUCGAUGACAAUGCAUCAAAGGAGAGUAAGGUUGUGGUUUCAAGCUCCGAAGAGGUUAAGGAGGGAUAAAAUUUACAGGUCGAGGAUAAUUCAACAACCAAAUUUGGCCAAUAUAACUUCAUUAUGGGCAGUUUCUUCUAGGAUAGGCUGCUGACUUUUUGCUGACUUCUCACCCUUGCUAGUCCCUAGGUGAUUCAUACUUUUCAUUUCUCAUUCCUCACUUUCUUUUUCUCCAGUUUCCCUUUCUUGUACAGUGACCUACAGUUGCACCAGAUAAUUUUACAGGAGAUGCUGUUUUUUGUGCAAUGAGAUGAAGCAUGAUUCUUAGGUGA